AUGGAAAUCCUGAAAUACGCCCAUGAAAACGGCUGUUGGUGGGAUCAAAUCACAUGCCAAUCUGCUGCUCAAGGUGGCCACUUGGAAAUACUGAAGUAUGCCCAUGAAAAUGGCUGUCCAUGGGAUGAAGACACAUGCAACUCUGCCGCUCUCAAUGGCAAUAUGGAAAUCCUGAAAUAUGCCCAUGUAAAUGGAUGUCCAUGGGAUGAAAACACAUGCACUUCUGCUGCUCAAGGUGGCCACUUGCAAACCUUGAAGUAUGCCCAUGAGAAUGGCUGUCCAUGGAAUGAAGACACAUGCCACUCUGCUGCUCUCAAUGGCAAUAUGGAAAUCCUGAAAUAUGCCCAUGAAAAUGGAUGUCCAUGGGAUGAAAGCACAUGCAAUGUGGCUGCUGGAAGUGGCCACUUGGAAAUCCUAAAGUAUGCCCAUGAAAAUGGCUGUGAAUGGGAUGAAGGCACAUGCAGUGCGGCUGCUGGAAGUGGCCACUUGGAAAUCCAAAAGUAUGCCCAUGAAAAUGGCUGUCCAUGGAGCACAAUCACAUGCAAGCGUGCUGCUGCAAAUGGACACUUGGAAAUCCUAAAGUAUGCCCAUGAAAAUGGCUGUCCUUGGAAUGCAGAUACACACAAAAGAGCUGCUGAAAACGGACACUUGGAAGUCCUGAAAUAUGCACAUGAAAAUGGCUGUCCUUCGGAUGCAGGCACAUGCUGCUAUGCCGCCAAAAAUGGUCACUUGGAUGUCGUGAUGUAUGCCCACGAGAAUGGAUGUCCUUGGAAUGAAAGCACUUGCCAAAAGGCAGCAGCAAAUGGGCACUUGGAAAUCUUGAGAUAUGCCCAUGAGAAUGGCUGUCCAUGGAAUGCAGAAACCUGCAGGGAAGCUGCUGAUCAUGCCCAUUUGGAAGUCUUCAAAUAUGCCCAUGAAAAUGGCUGUCCGUGGGAUGAACAGACAUGCACAUUUGCUGCCCAUAAUGGGCACUGGGAUGUAGUGAAAUAUGCGCAUGAGAAUGGUUGCCCGUUGGAUUUUCUUCGGUUGGAAGACCUGAAUCCCUGA